UUGGUUUUUCAAGACAACGUUUCUCUGUGUAGCACUGGCUGUCUUGGAACUCACUCUGUAGUCCAGGCUGGCCUGGAACUCAUAAGAGAUCCGCCUGCCUCUGCCUCGCAAGUACUGGGAUUAAAGACGUGUGCCCAGCUUGCAAGAUCUUUUCUUAAAAGCAUAAGCAGGGCUGGAGAACGCAUGCGCAGCAUGUAUGAAACCUGGGGUUCCAUCCCCAGGCUGUGGUGGUGCAGCCAACAAUGCCACACUUGGAAGGUGGAGGCAAGAGGAUCAGGAUUUUAAGGGCAUCCCCAGCCUCACAGUGGGUUGGGGCCAGCCUGGGAGACUGUCUCAAACAACAAAACACAAGACAAAUUGGUGUUAUAAUUAUUCAUUUUAUCCCUCUCAGUGCCCCUAUCCCAGGCUAUCCCAGUUCUGUUCCUUACCUCUGUGUCUCACCCUCAGGUCCCCAGCAAACUAUUUUGGACCAACUUCCUGUUGCUAGAGGGACUGAGUCUCCAGGCAGAAGCAGAGCCAUUUUAACUACAGUUGCUAACUGUCAGCCUCUGCCCCUGCUGCAGGCCGGCCGACUCACCGUUCCCCGAGUGACAGCUGAGCAGCAGAGAGAGGAUGGCUCAGGUCCUGCAUGUGCCAGCCCCGUUCCCAGGGACCCCUGGCCAGGCCUCCCCAGCGGCCUUUCCCAGCAGGGAGCCAGACCCCCCGUACUCCGUGGAGACGCCCUAUGGCUACCGCCUGGACCUGGACUUUCUCAAGUACGUGGACGACAUUGAGAAGGGCCACACGCUGCGCAGGGUGGCGGUGCAGCGCAGGCCGCGCCUGGGCUCUCUGCCGCGGGGCCCGGGCUCCUGGUGGACGUCCACAGAGUCGCUGUGCUCCGACGCCAGCGGGGACAGCCGGCACUCGGCCUACUCCUACUGUGGCCGAGGCUUCUACCCUCAGUACGGCGCCUUGGAGACCCGCGGUGGCUCCAACCCACGGGUGGAGCGCACGCUGCUGGACGCGCGACGCCGGCUGGAGGACCAGGCAGCCGCUCCUUCCGGUGGCCUGGGCUCCCUGACGCCCAGCGCCGCGGGCUCUACCAGCUCCCUGGCAGGCGCGGGCCUGCUGCCCCCCACGCCCCGCAGCUCCGGCCUGUCUACCCCGGUGCCGCCCAGCACGGGCCACCUGGCCCACGUGCGCGAGCAGAUGGCGGGAGCCCUGCGCAAGCUGCGCCAGCUGGAGGAGCAGGUCAAGCUGAUCCCCGUGCUCCAGGUCAAGCUGUCGGUGCUCCAAGAGGAAAAGAGACAGCUCACGGUGCAGCUCAAGAGCCAGAAGUUUCUAGGCCACCCCUCAGGGACACGGAGCCGGGGCGAGCUCUGCCUGGACCUUCCGGAGCCCCACGACGACCCUGCUGCGCUAGAGACGCGCUCGGUGGGCACCUGGGUCCGGGAACGGGACUUGGGCAUUCCGGAUGGCGAAGCCGCCCUGGUGGCAAAGGUGGCCGUGUUGGAGACCCAGCUCAAAAAAGCCCUGCAGGAGCUGCAGGCGGCUCAGACCCAGCAAGCCGACCUCCAGCCUCAGGCCUGGCCGCCGCCAGACACCCAGGUCCGCGUGGACACCCUGCGAGUGGUGGAGGGUCCCCGGGAAGUGGAGGUGGCAGCCAGCACCGCAGCCGGGGCCCCCGCACAGCGGGCGCAGAGUCUGGAACCCUACGGAGCAGGGCUGAAGGCCCUGGCCACACCCGGGGGGCCAGACAGCAGCCCCGUGUUCCGAAGCCACGAGGUGGUGGAGACCAUGUGCCCGAUGCCCACAGCCAGCGCCAGCCACGUGCACACCGCCAAGAAGAUCAGUAUCACGGAACGGGGUUGCCUUGGUGCAGCCGGGAUGGCAGGGACACAGGCUGCUGCAGGGCCUCCCUCCUCCAGUCCACACCCCGCCUCGGCCUCCACGACACCUGAGAACCCAGACCAGGCGGCUGCCCAGGACACCCCUGUGGGGGAGCCCACCAGGCCGGCAGCAUCGCAGGACUCCCAGGUGGCCGAGGAAGCGGGCAGAGCCUCUGCCAGAGCGCAGUCUACCCUGAAGAGGAAAGAGGACCCCGCAGACCCCGACGUUCACCAGAGGAACCUCCAGUUUGUGGGCGUCAAUGGCGGGUACGAGUCCUCGUUGGAAGACUCCAGCACAGCAGAAAACUCAGAACACGAGAGCACGGAGAAUGAGGGCCCCGAGCCGCCGCCGGCAAGGGUCCUGAGCACAGCCGAGUGCCCGCAGCUCCGGCCUCUGGCGACCGCGGUGGCCGAGACCAGUCUGGAGGCGUGCCAGCUCCCCCAGGAACCUCAGCGUGUGCCAGCAGCCGAGGCGGCCUCAGGACCUAACGCUGAGGAGGAAAUUCGGCAGAGAGUCUGAUCCGAGAGCCGUCUUUGCAGCUCGGCCUCCCUUCCUGAGGAGACUCCCAGCCUUUGCUACUUACUCCGGCAGGAAGAGACCUAGUGAAUCUGGUCGAUUUCAGGGACUUCCUGAAGCUCUUUUGAGUUCUGACCUUCCUGCUUCAGGAGCUUCCUGCAGGAUGGAGUGUCUCAGGCUUGGAGGACCCUGGUGAACAGCUAGUGUGACAGCUCCCAGUCGUCUGUAACUCCAGUUCCAGCAGAUCCAAACCCCUCUUCUGACCUCUUCCAGCCAGGCACGCAUGGUGCAUAGACAUGCAUGCAGGCCGGCAAAACACCCAUACACAUAAGAUAAAAGUGAAUAAGUCUUUUUAUAGUUUGUAAUCUGAUAAUAACAUUUCUCUCUUCUUCCUCCUUCUAAACCCGUCCAUAUACGCCAUAUUCUGCUGUCUUUCAAAUUCAUGGCCUGUAUUUUUUUUUUUUACUCUGACUGCAUGCAUAUAUGUAUAUGAAUACAUGUUUCUA